AUGAUGCCGUACCUCACUACUGCCCAUCAAUGGCUCACACAGUCUAGCCUGCUGUUGCAAGCUCAACCUAUCAGUACACGUAUCACCCUAAAGUACAACUUACCAACUUCUAAUUCUCAUAACACAAAUCACGUCAAGAACGCCUCUCGUUCACCAGCGCCAAAGGUUGAACUAUCGAAAACUAGUUGUACUAGACCAUCACAACCAUUAGCUACCCUCACCCUAAAGACUUACGAUCCAACCUCCGGCACUACUCUGAAAUACCGUACCAACAAAGGCGCUGAGGUUGGCAGACUGAUACAACUUGUUGGCCGCUUAAGUAAGGGUAUGACUGGGUUGCCAAUGGACGAUGUGACAACCGCAGAUACUGUCAUGACGGAGAAGACGGACGAUAUUAAGGCCACUCUUGAUACCAAAAAUACAAAGAUUGGGGGAAGGAAGGGUAAACGGAAGGAUGGUAGAUAG